AUGAGUGGUCGUCUCGAGUAUUUCCGUAAUCAUACUCUGGUGUCAGUCCGUCAUAUAUCGGGUGAAUCGUUGGUGAACGACGUGCACAUAGAAUGUAACAGCAAUGAUAUACUGGUGACCCUGAGUGCACCCAAUUCUUUCAAUGGAUUAUCAAAGAACUCGAGCUGUAUGGCUGAGUACAGAUCCACUGCCAAUAUCACCUAUAAGUUACCGCUCCGUUCGUGUAAUACAAUGAGCACUGAUGUGGACGACGGCGUCGAGUAUUUCAAUACAGUUGUGGUUCAACCGCAUCGACGACUCGUCACUAAUCAGGGAAGAGGUUAUCACAUCCGAUGCCGAUAUCAGACCCGAGAAAAAAGAAUUUCCAACGGAUUUAACGUCAGGAGAAGAUCAUAUAUUGAAGAAGAAAGUGACACCCCGUCCCUCCACUUCCCUACCGUCCGAACCUUCAAAUUACUUAACUUCAUAGCGUUAUGGCGAAUGAUAGAUCUAAAAAGAUCUAUGAUCGAGAUUUGA